AUGGAAAAUUAUACGAUUGUUAAAGCACUCAAUGAACAUCGUAUUAUUGCUGAUAGAAAAGCCGAUGGUAAACGAUUCUUCAUCGAAGAUAUGCAAAUAGCAGGAAUUCCAAAUCAUGAAAAACAAAAAAUUGUCUGGAAAAUGAAUUGCCUAGUUCAGAAGUCAGAAUCACAAAUAUGCUUGCCAAGAUAUCAUCAUCCAUUCAUUGAAAACGGAAAACUAUUCUGCGUUUACGAUUAUUUAGGAGAUGUUACCUUAGAAACAAAGAUAGUUCAAGCUCUUAAAACUAAAACAAGCUUUAAGGAAGAAUUUAUUUGGGAAGUAGUUACUGCUAUUGCUGUUGGAAUUUUGAAUUUCCAUACAAAUAAUCCACCAGCAUCGCAUGGAAACAUAUGUGCUAAAAACAUAUAUUUCGUAGAUGACCACGAUAUCAGGUUGGGCGGAUUUUCACUCACAGAACCAGAUCCAACAUCACAAACACCAAUCCAAGCAGAUAUCUAUCAAAUAGGAUCUUUGUUAUAUGAAAUUAGUUCAUUAACAAAAUUUAAACCAGAGGGAAAGCAUUUCAGAGGCAAUUUGGAAAAAUUGCCAAGAUCAAUACGCAAUACGAUUAAGAAGUUGAUUAAAUUUGACUGUAAUGAACAGUUAACUGUAAGUCAGAUAUUAGAAAUCCCUGAAGUUGCUGUACACUUCCUAACACUCAAAUUGAGGGCUGAUAUUGCCAGAAAUGAAGAGGAAAAACGGAAAGUUGUUGAACUUCAGGCUGAGAUUGAAUUAUGUAAGAAACGACUUAACAUCGAGUAA